GCGGACGUCGCGUUGCUUGUUCAAAUAUUUAACUCGCAUUUAUAUUGAGCUGAACUUACAGUUAAGUUGAACGAUGGCUUUGUUAGCUGUAUUAAAGGUCUAGCAAAGUACAAUCGCAUGAACAGAUAAAAAGCGCGUAGUAUGCAGCCUAGAGCAUAGUUCUAAGCAAUUAAAACUAUAUGCUGGAGUAGGCUAAGAGUGCGGAUAUAAUUAAGUGCAAUUGUGAUUGGACUGCUACUCCUCCACUUUGGCGUUUGGCGUUUGUUACGUGUCGGCGACGAUUACGCGAUAUUUUCUUGUUGUGCGUUCUCGAGAGAAACGAGUUUGAUUCGAUAGAAAAGUGUUCUGUGUGCCGUCUGCAUCUUCGACCCCUGGCCUCUCCUCUCCUCGAUUGGUCACAUUGUUGGAGCCUAACAGCAUUGCGAGCGAGUGAGCGCGCGCGCUGAUUGCAUUCUAACGGUAAAACGAGUACAACGCUGUCGCUGACUCCAACAACAACAACAACAACAACUGACAACUGUGGACUGGCCCGGCCCGGUACGAGAUACAAGAAUUGGCCUAUUGCAGCAUCCACAGCACAGAACACAACGAAUGCAACCAUCACUAAGUAGCAUAGAGCUUGCGAGUUUGCUUUUGUGCUAAUCUUCUCAAUUUAUGGCUCUUGUUCUUGCCUGACUUCGAUGACGCCGCUACCAAGUGCAAGAAAGCCAACUAACAACAGCUAUAGCAACAACAACAAACAAAAUAAAAAGUGACUGUGUGUGUGUGUGUGUGUGUGUGGACAUUUUGAGAACGUUCUGCAUUGGCCCAAUUUGAAUUCGUGUCAUUACUCGCAUAUGCAACGCUCCAAAUCGGAUUUCAAACUGGCCUAAAAUAGAGACAACAAAAAAGUGAACAAGCGAGACCUCAACGCUGCGGCGAGCGCCACAUUCUCAAUCCAGGCAUAGACCGCGUCUCGCUUCUCCAUACGACAUGGCGCCCAGCGUGUGCGAGAUCACGCCCAAGCUCCAGGCACCACAGCCGCCCUCGCAGAGCACGCCCGCCGGCUCCAGCGUUGGUGGCACCAACAAAUGCGGCGCCAGCAGCUUGAACGGCUCGCUUGCCUCAUACAAAAUGGCGGGCUCCGAGCAGAGUUGGCCGCAGGCACCUGUCUACAGCAAGGAGAACCAACGUCCGCCUGUCUACAAUCCCGAGGACUAUGUGCUCUCCUUGCGCAAGUUUAUCAAGGGCAGCAGCAACGGCAGCGGCAAUCCCAAACAGUUGUCCAUCUACGAUGUCAACAUCAAUGCCAGCGCCAAGGAGGACGCCUUCAAGGCCGCUACGCUGCCCACCAAGCACUCCGGCUACAAAAGCCCCAUACCAGCGCCACCUGAGAGCGACAGCGAAAUGUCGCUGCGUCAGUUUGGCUCCAUCACAGAUCUAUUGACAAAGCUGCGCGCCGAUCUGCGUGUCUCAUUUCCCAGCUUUGUGCAGGAAUUUGUGGCCACGCCCUCGGAUGGCAUCAGUCAUUUGCUGGAAGUGCUGCGUGCCAUACAAAUGGCCCAAGCGAGCAACGCCAGCGCUCCACUGGCCAAUGCCAUGCCCCGCAAUCCACAGAGUUACCAGCGACGUGCGCUGCUCGACGAGCUCUCCUGCCUACAAUGCCUGAGCAUUUGCUGUUCCCGCUCCUUGGAUGCCAUAGCGCGUUUGGGCAGCACGCCGGUAGGACUGAUGCCGCUGGCAUCCUCAGCCACUGGACAAGGCAUACGUGGACGCAUAUUGGCGCUGCAGCUGCUCGCUGCCGCCUGCGAUCGCCAGCCCUUUGGCCAGGGCAGUGGUAGCCAGAAGAUUAGCGCUGCUGGUCACACCGCCGUCUCGGAGGCCAUGUCCACGCUGCGACUGCGCUGCAGCGAGCCAGUGCGCUUCCGCCUGCUCAUUGGCAUACUGAACAGUGGCGGCGGUUCCGGUGAACUGCAAUGCGCUGGUGUCAAAUUCCUCAACACAUUCAUUGAGAGCGCUGUGAGCUUGCAGCAGCGUCUCUACAUUCAGGCGGAGCUCUGUCAGGCGGGUCUGGAGCCCAGCACGCUGGCACGCACCAUAAGCUCAUCCUCGCCUUGGCUGGAUGCGCUGCGCAACGAGCUUAAGCGCUUCAAUGAGCUGCACAUUGAUGUAGACAAGAUCAUGGCGCAGGCAAGGGAUGCGGAUCGCGUGCGCAGUCAAAUGGUCAUAUUGGAGCGACGCGUGCAAAUACUGCAUGAGGAGAAGUCCGUGCUCACGUCCAUGGAGCGACGCCUGCAGGAGCGCUGUGCGGAGUUGCAGCGUGAGAUCUUCCGGCUGCAGGGCGCGCAGGAAUCCAAUUUCAAGCCCGUAGAGGCGCAUCAGCCCAUAGCGCUGCCACGCCAAGUGCCACCGACAGGGGCCAAGCAAAGCGGCUCGGAGCAUGAGGACGAAGGCAUCAGCAGCUCCGAAACUGGUGCCUCUCUGAGCCCUGUGCCCAUACUGGUGCUGCCUGCCAAGUCCAAGCAUCACAAACAGUCGCGUCAGACCAAGCUGGAUGACGAUGAUGCAGCAACCAUAGAAGAUGCCAUUGGUCAGCUGGACAAUAUAGUCAAUGAGGCGGAGAAGCAGCUAUGCAGUCAUGCCAUCAAGCUGCCACAGCGUAUGGCAGAGCAGGAGCAGGAAAUCGUGCCCGUCAACAUAGUUCCACAGCCGCCGCGCAAGUCCCGCUCACUGGCCCAUCUGGUGCAACGCACCGACUGCUCGGAGCAGGAGGGCUCACAAUUCGGCAUGCUGGUUACAGCUGAUGCGGCGACCGUGGAGCGUCUGGCCGCUAUGCAGAACUUCUUCGAUGAGGUGGACUACGAUGCGCCUGAAACAGAUCAGCCAGUUGCCUACUCUGCAGACAUGGGCGACGCAGAGGCCAAUGCCACCGCUACCGCCUAUAAUGCGAGCACCAAUCGAGAGCUACUGGAUGUCAUCAUGAAUGCGCGACAUGAUGAGCAUGAUCCCACCAUGCUGGCGUUGCGCAACAGCAGUCAGGAUGCUGCCGCCAAGGCAAGUGCAGGGCCAGCGCCUGCGCCGCCCGCACAGCAUUUCAAUGGCGUCUUCUUUAUGACGGGCAUGAACACACCACAAAAAUACCCCAAGCCGGAUCUCACAGCGGCCAUCCAAGCGCGUCGCGUCACCAAGAAUGUGGAGCGCCUAGAGGCGGCCUUUGCCAGCUCCAGCGAUGUCCAGGCGGACAUGGUGCGCGAGAAGUCGCGCAGCAAUCAACAGAUCUACUUUAGCAGCAAUCCCGCCAUGAGAUUGCAUGAUUAUCCCGCUGCUGCUGCCCAAGCACAAGCCGGCAAUGUCUCGGCGCGCACGCGGUCCUAUACACAGGGCUCUAAGGUGACGGAUCUGGCUUCCGGCUUGUACUAGCCCCCACAUAGCAAUCCAGCUUCUGUGCAAUAUAUAAAACACUCCUAGGUAUAAAUAACUCAAAAUACAUUCACUCCAUCAGAUUAAAUAAUAUAUUACAUAAUUCUACUCGUAGCACCUACUUACCAUAAGCUAGAUAAAUAGUAUUUUAUAGUAUAGCUUUGGUGGCAGCUCCAAUCGGGUCCAUAAUAAUAUAUACAUAUGUUUGUGUAUACAUUUUUUACACUUGCUUAUUA